AUGGAUCAAUUUGAGAAGCUCCGACCUGUUGGGAGGCUGGAAAAAUACUCCACCGCGCGUCACCAGAUUGGCUUCUAUCUGAACCUCGCUGUGGCAGCUACAUACGAGCUACCAAAGAGUUUCACAUCACCAGUCGAGGACUACGUGCUCAGGGCAUGUGCAUCAGUCAUCGCGGAGCAUCCCUCGCUCUCCGCCAUCCCGGCAGCUGACGAUACGCAAGAGCCGUAUUUCGUACGCCUCCCCAUUAUCGACCUGGAUAAGGUGGUGCGAUUCACGCAGCGAGAACACGGCAUCCCAAGAGAUGUUUCUCUUGGAGAAGGCGACAUUUCUCCGGAUCUCGAUCUUCAGGCUGUUUUCCAAGAAGAACACAACACACCUUUCAUCCCGCCUAAUCCUUAUUGGCGACUGCACGUUCUUGUCGAUAAGCAAGACACGCAUAAAUUCACCGCAGCCUUGAUCUUGCAUCAUGCCCUCGGUGAUGGGGGCUCUGGCAAGUCAUUUCACAUUUCUUUUCUACGAGCACUGCAGACGCAGACAGCAUCCGAUGGCGAGACGCCACACUCAGUAGCCAGUCCGCAGAUCCCGAUGCUGCCUAACAUUGAACAAAUCCACCCAAUGCCCCUCUCUUUCUGGUUCCUAGCGAAGAAGAUCUUCCAAGCAAAGGUUUAUGCGCCUAGAGAUCCGGGACUGUGGACCGGGGCGAGGAUCCAGCCACCAACAAGUACCCAUGUCCGGCUAGUCCCCUUUGCCCAGGGGUUGGUGAAGCGAUUGAGGAAAGCUUGUCGCGAGGAACGAACAACCAUCACUGCGCUCCUGCAAACUGUUUAUGCUCGAUCGCUAUUCAAGCAUAUCCCCGAUCAAUUCUUCCGACUGAAUUGUACCGGCGCUUUCUCCACUCGCCGAUUCCUACCAGAUAUCAUUACGGAAGAUUCAAUGGGCGUUUUCGUAGCCGACUUUGAAGAGUCAUACACACGCUCCACCGUCGCCCUCGCUGACCCCACAGCCUUUCCCUGGGAAGAGGCGCGCCGCUCGCGACAGACCAUCCAGGAUACUUUGGACCGCAAGGGUGCAGACGUAGGACCAAACCUCCUUAAAUUCGUCAACAAUUUCCAACAGGAACUUUGUCUAUCGAAGGUCGGACAAGAUCGGGAUAAGUCAUUCGAGGUAUCGAAUAUUGGCGUCGUCUCAUCCACCUCGACUCCCGAUCAGCCUUCUAUUCAAGGCAUGGCAUUCUCGCAGUGUGCGAGUGUAAUGGGCAAUGCAAUCGGCGUUUCGGUUGUCACCGGUGGCGACGGCUGCCUUGUCCUGGGUAUAUCAUGGCAGGAAGCUGUUGUGGAGGCUGAGCUGAUUGAUGCUUCUAUUAUGUCAACUCGGGAAGAGCUACACCAGUUGGCUGGCUAUUAG